CAUGGCCGAGACGCAGCCGUCGUCGUGGCGCGAGCGCGCGCUUGCUGUGUGCAUGGCGGCACACGACCGGCUGGGCGCCUCAUGCCCGCAAGCGGUUCGCUCCGUGGCGUCGUCACCAGAUCUGGUCUGCGCCAUCAUGUGGCACGUCUUCCCGUAUGGCGCACCGCUCGUGGUCAAGGUGCAGUACGUCUGUCACUCUCUCAACAUUGAACUGGACCAAACCCUCGUCGAGGCCGUGGCGCACGCCACCGAUAAGCUGAAGCUCACCUCUGCUUUUGACGGCAUGCCGGUCGAGCUGAAGGUCGACGCUUGCCUUGAUAUGUUGCUCGACAGAACAUCGAACGCUCGACCGCCAUCCACGCCGGAUUUGCUGAGCUUGAAGGCCAAAGUGCAAGCAGAGAUGGUCGCGAAAAGCGAGGCAGCGUGGAGUUUGAUGCGGAGAGCAGACGCCACUGCUCAUAGCGCUGCUGCAGUCCCUCAGGUGGUGCGCUCGGAGGGCAGCGCGGAAAGCAUCCGCAGGUGGCUUCGCGAGCACUGCGUGAGAUUCCCCGAGGACGCCAUGCUGGCUGAUCUUGAGGCCCUGGCAGCCGAGGAGAGGGCUGCGCUGGCAGAGGAGGCGGCGGCGAUGGCGGAGUUCAACGCGUCAAUGGCCACGCGUGGCCAGCCAACAGUUGUGAGUGCCAUCUCGACGUCCGGCGCGAGCAGAACCGUGUUGGACGAAGCGCGUGCAGGCGAGGAGCUCGCGCGGCGUGAGCAGAUGGAGGCGGCUCGGGAGGCCGACGCGCUCGCGGCAAUGCCAGUUGCGACCGGAAGCCCAGCAUCCGUCGAAGGACAAGGAUUGACGGUGGUCGCCGAGGCUGUCUCCGUUGACGAGAAGCGGCCAAAGGGUGGCAUCGCCGCGCUCAUGAACACGAUGCGCAUCAGCUGACAUCUACUGGACACUGACCCCUUCCCACUCCCUGCCAUUCCCUGUGCCCCUGACGUCCUUCCCAAGAUCCUUGCUUGCAAGGUGGGGACUCGUUCCUUCUCCGCGCCCCUACAUUUUGCGUUUUCUUUCCGUGCUCGUGCCAGUUCGCGCCAGUCCCCAGUACGUGCGAGGACGCUGUGAAAUUCUGUUUCUGUUGAG